UCUGAAAUCAUAAGCAUCGCCUCCUUGGCAGGAAAGGAGUCACGGGGCAGGGGCUCGCCAGGGCAGACCAGGGCAUCCAGGAGAGCCCUCAAGGUGGCCCUGGAUGUUCUGGGNGAGGGAAGCAGCUUGUUUCAAGGAGGAAGAGCAGGUGGCCGAAGAAGCAGCACCGUGGCUCCAAAGGUUCCAAAAGAGCAGGCCAGCUCCAGCAGCUCCAGCCUAGGCAAGCGCCUGCGUCUGAGCCUGUGGCAGCGUCUGCCCCUGAGCCUGUGGCAGCGCCUGCACCUGCACCUGCGCAUGCGCCUGCACCUGCACCUGCACCUGUGCCUCCAAGGGCGCAACCAGAAAGGCCAAGGGCUCUCCCAGAGGAGACCUGGCAAGCGGUUCCGCCCUGAUCCGUGUCCUGCGAUGAUGGGCUCGCAGAAUGUGCCUGCAGUGCUAGUGGGGGAAGCCCAGGCCCACACUACUAUAGGCCUCUUGCGCUCUGAAACCCAAGGGGAUGUGUUAAGAGGCACCAGAUUGUGGCCAAGUUACUCGAAGACACCCUUGGGAAAAGCUGGCGGUAAUCCAGGGAAGAGAAAGCCAGGCACAUCCAAGCUCAGGUCUUUGAGCGCCCCAGCCUCCAGGGAGGGUACCCGGGCUAAAAACGAGCAGCAGGCUGCCUCUGGACCACCGAGGCACAUCUCUAGAUCACCCAAAGCUCUCAAACAACGAGUUCNGGGUGCUGGCCUAGAGAUCCGGGCAACUGGAGCCCAAAGGAAGACCGCCCUCUCAGAGAACAAGACCCAUCCUGGCCCGGGGACCCGGAAGCCAGACUCAAAGGGGGCAUCUGCAGCCAGCACGCCUCCAGUCCUAAGGCUACGCAGGUCACUCCGCAUAGCUAGUCGAAAAAAGAUGACCCAUGUGCUGUGUUCACUGUGCGGGCUCCCAGAACGGGAAUCCCAAGUGCACUCAAAGGUGACCAACACCAGGUUCAAGAGGAGAGGGGCCCGAGUUCAAAAAGAUGCCAAAGCCACCAACGUGGCUUCUGCCCAGGAGCCCAGCACCAUCGAGCGAGGAACGCUGGUCUGGUUCAAAUUUCAGGACCUUCCUUUCUGGCCAGCGGUGGUCAAGAGUGUCAAAUUAUGGCUUGCCAGGCAGCUCUUUUGA